AUGGAGAUGCCAGGUAACCGGCGCACACAGUAUGGACAGUUCUCUCCUUCCACCUCGGUGUUUCUGGCGGUACUUAUGACGCUCCUUGUCUUUGCAACAGUGCUAGGAAACGCACUCGUAAUUCUAGCUUUCGUUGUGGAAAAAGGUUUACGCACUCAGGGCAACUUUUUCUUUUUGAAUCUGGCCAUAGCAGAUUUUCUUGUAGGGGGAUUUUGCAUUCCAGUGUACAUCCCUUAUGUCCUGACGGGCGAGUGGAGACUGGGGAGAGGUCUGUGCAAACUGUGGCUCGUGGUGGACUAUACGCUGUGCACAGCAUCAGUCUUCAACAUCGUCCUCAUCAGCUUCGACCGGUUCCUAUCCGUCACUAGAGCGGUGAGCUACAGAUGUCAGAAGGGCGUGAACCGGGGAGCUGUGAUGAAGAUGCUGAGCGUGUGGAUGGCAGCCUUCCUCCUCUACGGUCCAGCCAUCAUCAGCUGGGAGUAUGCAACAGGCAACAGCGUGGUGCCCGACCAGGAGUGCCACGCUGAGUUCUACUUUAACUGGUACUUCCUGAUGACAGCCUCCACCUUUGAGUUCUUCACGCCCUUUGUCACGGUGACCUACCUGAACGUCAGCAUCUACAUGAACAUCCGUCGGAGGAAGCUGAUGAGGGACGAGCCUCAGGCCGACACCGUGGCGGUGGGGGGGAGCUGCGAGAUGGAGGAGCUGGGGUUGGCAGGUGGAGGAAGAGGAGGAGGAGGAGGAAGGGGGCUACAGCAGGUGUUCUUUGUCAGGUCGUUGGAGGCCGAGGGCCGGAGGAACCAUACUCGUCUCGUCAGAGCCAAGCCGAGAAACUUCACACUGCCCAGUGCUAAAGUGUCGGUGGUGAGAGGCAACAGCAGCGCGGGGAGGGGGAAAGACAGCGCCCUGCUGGACCUCCCUCCACUGCAGAUGGCCGAGAUGGUGGUCCAGCACCCCUCGGAGAACGCCUUCCACCCCCAGCGGAGCCGCUCCGACGUGGCCGCCAGCCGCUUCCGUCUGUCCAGGGACAAGAAGGUGGCCAAGUCGCUGGCUGUGAUCGUGUGCGUGUUCGGCCUCUGCUGGGCGCCAUACACCCUGUUGAUGAUCAUCAGAGCAGCAUGCCAUGCCCAGUGUGUCCAGCAUUAUCUGUAUGAGAUCUCCUUCUGGCUGCUGUGGUUUAACUCCUCCAUCAACCCGAUCCUCUAUCCACUGUGUCACACCAGUUUUCGAAGGGCUUUCAGCAAACUGCUCUGUCCAACCAAGGUUAAGAUUCAACCUCAGUACAUGGAACAGAAGUAUUAACUGACAUUCCAAAAGCAGAGUGAUAGAUUGGGCUAGAUGUGACAAAUCAUGAUGAAUAAGUUGUUAAAACCACAAAGUCUGGGGGAACAAGAAGACUCUUCUCUGGCAGCAUUUUCAGCAGUUACCAGCGAAGGCUGUUGGAGCGAAGGCUUUCAAAUGUCAGGACUUUGCAAAAAUGGUACCACAUACCUGUGUUAUUGCAUGAUGGACUUUGUGUUGUGAACCUGAUCUUGUUUUCUACAAUAUUGGAAUAAAUGUUGUACAGUGCCGUUUUCUGUCUCAAGAAAUCAUCAAUAAAAGCACUUCACUUUCAGAGCCUCCGAUCAUUAUGUCUCGGUUGCAUACAGCUUGAUA